UUAUUGUUAUUUGGAUCGAUCCGACCACUACCGCUCGUCCUCCUGCAGUGCGCCAUGGUCCGCUUCCAGGUUGUACUUGCUGCCGCUGUGCGUCCUGUUGCUUGCUUCGGGGCUUUGGGAUUGUUGCUUGUGUAAUGGUGGACAGGAAGAGCGACUGCUGCCGCGCUUCAGACGACAGCUAACUUGUCCACAUGUCAUGGCCACCCGCCACGGCUCCUCCCCAGUGCCUCAGCCCGAUGGCGGUGGCCGAGACGGGGUCUUCCACAAGGAGCGGGGCCCCUCGCCUGCCCUCUGUCGGCUCGCCCGCUCGCUGCCUGACGUCUGCCCCAAAGAGCCCACGGGUGAGGGGCGGGGCCUGUGUGACGGCCCCUCCGUGGUGGCGGAACACGACCCGUGGACCGUGUACAAUUCAAAGGUCAACCUCCCGGCGGCGCUCAACGACCCGCGUCUGGCCAAGCGGGAGGCGGACUUCUUCACGAAGACAUGGGGUCUGGACUUCGCCGAGACGGAAGUGAUGCCCUCCUUCUACCUGGCUAACGUCACGCGGGAACAGUUCACAUCCUACCUGCAGGACACGACACAGAGGGAACGAAUUCACGAGCGCUGUAAGACCAUCUGUCCUAUCAAAGAUGACGACAUGGAUGCCGUCUCCGUCAGCACGAGCCAAGACAAGUCCAGGGCCGAGCUGGAACAAGUCCCCAAGAUCUUCAUGAGGCCCGACUUUGCUUUGGAGGAGCCCGGCACCUUCGGCGCCGUGCUGCCGUGGUCGCACUUCAACAGCGCCUCGGGGAAGGGCAGCCGUGACGUGGCCUCCUCCAAACUGCUGCAAGAGAAGCUGAGUCACUACCUGGAUGUGGUGGAGGUCAGCAUCGCGCGGCAGAUCUCGCUGCGCUCCGAGGCCUUCUUCCAUGCCAUGUCUUCCCAGCACGAGCUGCAGGACCGCCUGAAGGAGACCCAGCACGCCGUGACCGUCCUGCGGCGCCGGACGGCCGCCAUCGACCGCGUCAUGUGCCAGGGCCCGCUGCAGGCCCUCCGCGCCGCCCUGACGCGCAACAACUGCAUGAAGCUGCACAACAAGCUGAAGCUGAUGGCCGCCGUGCAUCAGACGCAGCCCACCGUGCAGCUCCUGCUCUCCACCUCCGAGUUUGUGGGCGCCCUCGAGCUCAUCGCCACCACCAAGGAGGUUCUCCAGCAGGAACUGCAAGGCAUCCACAGCUUCAGACAUCUGGGCUCUCAGUUGUGCGAGUUGGAGAAGUUGAUAGACAAGAUGAUGGUGGAGGACUUCAGCAUGUACGCCCGCGGCGAGCUGAACCGCAAUCUGAGGGAGGAGCCUCAGGUCCUGGAGAAGGUCCACAAAGCUAACAGUGUCCCUCAGAAGGAGCGUCUCCAGUCGCUGGUGUUCGGGCUCCUGCGUCAGAGGAAGUUGGACUUCCUGGACAUUUACAGCGACGAGAUGAUCGCCGCGGCCAAAGCCAUCGUGUCCCAGUGCGCAGCAGAGCGUCUCCUGUGCAUCGACGACAUCGACACCGAAGUCGUCACCAAGUUGACCGACCAGAUGCGUCUGAUGACCUUCCCUCAGUGGUUUGACCUCCUGAAGGACAUCUUCGACUCGUUCCUCGUUUUCCUCCAGAGGAUGAAGGGCACUCUCGGCGUGAUCUCGGUGGUGGUUCUGGAGGUUCUGGAGUCAAACCAGAAGGCCUCCUUUAUGGAGAAAUCCAACUCUGAUGAAUCGGGGCAAGAGUCUUGCAGCGCGGCGUCGCUCAUGCGCGGCGAGGCCGAGCUGGCCUACCUGACCCACGAGGGUCUGUUCAUCAGCGACGCGCUCAGCGAGGCCCAGCAGCACCAGGACCAUGGCCACCAGGAGAUGCUGUCCCGUAAGCCGGAUGCUGACGCGGCAUCUGGCAGCAGAGAGCAGAAUUUCAUGUCAGGUGACAUGAUGCCCUCCGACCUGGAGCUCAGCAAAGUGCUCAGCAACAUCCAGGAGCUUCUGCACGCCGCCUCCGACAUCAGCCACGACCGCUGCGUCAAGGUCAUCACCGCUCGCGCCAAGGACGGCUGCCUGGAGCGUCUCAGCUUAGCAGACUUUGUGAGCCUCUCGGCGGCCGUGGAGGACUUUGCCAAAGACACGGAAGAACUGUGCGGCAGACGCAGCGUGUCCCUGCGGGGGGCGCUGCAGAGUCAGGCCAACCGCUUUGUCCACCGCUUCCAUGAAGAACGCAAGACCAAACUAAGUCUCCUGCUGGAUAAUGAGCGUUGGAAGCAGGCAGAGGUUCCGGCGGAGUUCCAGGAGCUCGUGGACUCCAUGGCGGACGGCAGGAUAACGCUGUUAGCACGCAAGGCCCCCGCAGCAGGCCCGGAUGACAGGAAGCCUGGCGAGUUCCUGCUGGUGGACGGGCAGAAAUACGCCGUGGUCGGGACCGUCCUGCUGCUCAUACGGAUGUUUCUGGAAUACUGUCAGUGCAUCAACGACAUCCCGUCCAUUGCCACCGACAUGCUGACGCGGCUGUCCGACCUUCUCAAGCACUUCAACUCUCGUAGUUGUCAGCUGGUUCUCGGAGCUGGGGCGCUGCAGGUAGUUGGCCUGAAGACCAUUACGACCAAAAACCUGGCGUUAGCCUCCCGCUGCCUGCAGCUGGUAGUUUUCUACAUUCCCGUCAUCAGACGUCACUUUGAGAGCAAGCUGCAAUCCAAACACUUCAGCGUCCUGCGUCACUUUGACCACAUCACCAAGGACUACAGCGAUCACAUCGCAGAGAUCUGGGCCAAGCUGGUGGCCAUCAUGGACAGCGUCUUUGAGAAGGUUCUGUCAAAGUAUGAGGUGAAGGCGCCCAUGCCGUCGUCAUGCUUCAGGAAUGUUUGCAAGCAGAUGGCCAAGAUGCACAAGGCCAUCAACGAUCUUCUACCCGAAGAGCAGACGCAGAUGUUGUUUGUGAGAAUCAACAGCAGUUUCAAGAUGCACCUGAAGAGGCAGCUGGCUCGACUCUGCGUCAUCAACGACGGAGGACCGCAGCAUGGGCUAGUGGUGGUGGACGUGGCCUUUUACGUGGAGAACACGCAGGCGCUCAACAACCUGGAGCGGUUGGACCUCAACAUGGCCGAAAUAUGGGAGCACAAGAGGUGAAGGCGGACGGCGGCAGGUACGUCCGGAAGCGCUUUCAAAACGGGCCGGCUCUGAGCCACUGGAACAAGAUGGCGGCGAAGAUGAGGGUGAGAAUACGCUUGGACCUUGGCGCCAAGACAUCGUGCUGCUGCCCGUGAAGGGUUUGUCCUGGAGGAUUUUUACUUCCUGCUGCCUCCAUGAAGGUUUUUUUUCCAGACUUCAAGCCUCACCGACGGCGGUCACAUGUGAGGAGAGGGGCGGGCUUUAGUCCGUCACCAUGGUGACACAGGAAGCAUGUCAAUUAUUCAACGUUUUUAAUCCUUUGUGGAAAACUUCACAACUGUUGUAACCCACCAAACUGUGACCUUUGCUCAAAGUGGACCACGGCGCCUAAGGUGACGUCUCAGGAACCCCCACCCCCCCUUUUUUUUUUUGUUUCCUCCAAACCUCAAAACAUUUCGGUCAGCUGACAUUAUCACUGUGCCUCUCCCACUCGUGUGUGUGUGUGCGUGCGCGCGUGUGUGAAGCCUUCAAAGCUGACGUGAAUAAAAGAAUGAAG